CGGCGAAGGAGCAGUUGUUGUUCCCAUUGUGAUAAGGGCCAUACACUACUCAACCCAUUGGAGAAUCAGACCCUGUCUCUCACACCCCCUUUGGACAGUGUAUAUUAUGAAACUGACGAAGACCAACCCUUUUCAUGCAUUUAUCUUUUAAACCUAUUUCUAGCACCGGAUAUGGAGGCCUAUUUGAAAGAGACGAGUAUUUCGGAUGAUGUGUACAGUCUACCCGUUCAUCUUCAAAGACUGAUAUGUGAAGCAAGAAUGGAAGUGAUGGUGAAAGACGAGAAUAAAGACAAUAAAGACGCAAAAGAGGAUCACCCAGCCCUAAGGAGGCUAGGAAAAGUACGAAACUAUAUUGAGACAGUGGCUCACCACGACACUGCAGCCAUCAUUUCGACUCUGGGUGAACUCAUCCAUGACGAAGACGAAAUGCUCACCAUUUUG